AUUUUUUCUACUGCUCUUAGCAUCAGAGGAGCAUUUCCAAGCCUAGCGAUAAGCAGCACAAGCAGUCACGAAAUACCUGUUUCGAUGCGGUGUUGUUCUAAGAUGGGCUAGGAGCAAACAUUGGUGACCACGCCUAACUCAAGGCCCUCAGUGCAUUUUUGUAAAGUAAGCUAAGAUGCUGGAACUGCUUGGUCCUGGGCUUCCUUGAAAGCUGCCUGCCCAGAUUUGGUAACUGGGUCAUGGUGCGAAGCUGCUGUGAGUUCAGAGGGCCUUGGGUGCACUGGAAGCAGCGCUGCUCCUGCGAAACACCGAAGUAUACCAGAUAGAGUGGGUUUGCUGCUGUUGGAGCUGCAUCUACGGGCGUCUUAUUGCGCGGUGAGAAGGGAUUCCCAGCUCUUCACACUGAAGAAAAACUAAGUUCCCUCUAAUAAAUUCAGUGCGCUGAAGGAGCGAGGUGGAGCCCACGCUGCAGAAGUAGCCGAGAAGGAGAAAAACGGCAAACCCGACAAGAGCCCCUUUGUGGACGCUUCUGCUGGAGCUCAGAAAUUUCAACAGUGAUCUUUUGGCGUAAGCUGAUCUUCCGAGAGACAUUCCUGCCAUUAUGAAUGAAGUAGCAAUAGUGAAGGAAGGGUGGCUUCACAAACGAGGAGAAUACAUAAAAACAUGGAGGCCGCGGUACUUUCUUUUGAAGAACGAUGGCACGUUCAUUGGCUACAAGGAGCGGCCGCAGGAUGUCGACCAGCGGGAAUCGCCUUUAAAUAACUUCUCGGUAGCUCAGUGCCAGCUGAUGAAGACAGAACGACCUAAACCAAACACAUUUAUCAUUAGAUGCCUCCAGUGGACCACAGUAAUUGAAAGAACAUUUCAUGUGGAGACUCCAGAGGAGCGGGAAGAAUGGACGAAAGCCAUCCAAACUGUAGCAGACAGCCUCAAGAAACAGGAGGAAGAGAUGAUGGAUUUUAGAUCCGGCUCUCCCAGUGAUAAUUCAGGUGCUGAAGAAAUGGAGGUUUCUAUGACAAAACCAAAACACAAAGUGACCAUGAAUGAAUUUGAAUACCUUAAGCUACUGGGAAAAGGCACUUUUGGAAAGGUCAUUUUAGUUAAAGAAAAAGCAACCGGACGGUAUUAUGCCAUGAAAAUUCUGAAGAAGGAAGUUAUUGUAGCAAAGGAUGAAGUAGCACACACGCUGACAGAAAACCGUGUUUUGCAGAACUCGCGGCAUCCGUUCCUAACAGCUUUAAAGUAUUCCUUUCAGACACAUGAUCGCUUGUGUUUUGUGAUGGAGUAUGCCAAUGGAGGGGAGUUGUUUUUCCAUCUGUCAAGAGAGCGUGUCUUUUCUGAAGACCGGGCUCGGUUUUAUGGAGCUGAGAUAGUUUCAGCAUUGGAUUACCUGCAUUCAGAGAAGAAUGUGGUUUAUAGAGAUUUGAAGCUGGAAAAUCUUAUGCUGGAUAAAGAUGGACACAUAAAAAUUACAGACUUUGGACUAUGUAAAGAAGGCAUAAAGGAUGGAGCAACAAUGAAGACUUUCUGUGGCACUCCAGAGUAUCUUGCACCAGAGGUGCUGGAAGACAACGACUAUGGUCGUGCAGUGGACUGGUGGGGCCUCGGCGUGGUGAUGUAUGAAAUGAUGUGUGGCCGGCUCCCUUUCUACAACCAGGACCAUGAAAAGCUCUUUGAACUCAUCCUUAUGGAGGAGAUUAGAUUUCCACGCACUUUGUCACCUGAAGCAAAAUCUCUCUUGUCAGGUUUGCUGAAGAAAGAUCCAAAGCAAAGGUUAGGUGGCGGUCCUGAUGAUGCCAAGGAGAUUAUGCAACACAAAUUCUUUGCUGGCAUUGUUUGGCAAGAUGUAUACGAGAAAAAGCUUGUACCUCCGUUUAAGCCACAAGUUACAUCUGAAACAGACACAAGAUACUUUGAUGAAGAAUUUACAGCACAGAUGAUUACAAUCACUCCUCCUGACCAAGAUGACAGCAUGGAUUGUAUAGAUAAUGAGAGAAGACCUCAUUUUCCUCAGUUCUCCUAUUCAGCCAGUGGAACCGCUUAAUAUUUUGCAAUGUUUUCCUGUUCAGAAACAAAACAGACUGCAUUUUGGGGACCUUACUUCAAUGGACACUAGAGAACUUUCUAUAUUAUCUGAAUUACAAACUGUGUUUGUAUUACUAUUUAGAUGAAUUUGUAGGAAGCCUCACAGAUUCUGUAUUUAAAACAAUUCUUUGAUGCAUUUUUGAGAAGGAAAAUGAAUCCAUUCUUAAAGUAUUACGUCAAGGCUUUUAUGCUGAAUGGUGUUUUUAAGAAUAUACACCAAAACUGUUUACUUUAGAAUUAAUUAAGGUAUUCAACAUAUCAUCAACUCUGACCAGAAAACCCCCUUAUUUUAUUUAUUUCAUACAGUUCAUUAUCUAAAUAUAGAAUCUGCACUCUGAACAAUUAGAUUUAUAUAGGAAGAUAUAAGACUUUAGUAGCUAGUGCAAUAAUAUAAGCAACAAAGUGAACAAACUCUGGAGGGUUAAGGUUCAAACUCAUUUUGGACAGCAGUGAAAUGUCAUCCAACUCCAGAAAACCAACUAUAGGAACAGCAUUAAUGGCCUCAGUGAGGUAAAAUCAAAAAGCAAAAGUUAUUUUUGUUAUAACAUCUGCUACAAGACAUUACAUAUCAAACUGAAUCCAGUGGAAUCUAGUCCAAUGCUGCAUCGUACAGAUGAGUAUUCCAUGCAAGACAGUGCAUUUAAUUAUUCCAUUUGCAUAGAGUUUAGGAAUACUUCAUAGGAUUGGCUUCUCAGAACAUAGAAAAUGCUUAAUUUACCAAUCUAAUAUGAAAUGCAACAACACAGAAUCACCCACCUGCACCACUGUAUAAAAAUACCAUACAGGUCUAAGUGAGAAAUCAUCUUAAUGAGUGAGUCAACCAGACAAAAGUACAUUUUGGCACUGAAGUAAUGACUUGUUGCCGCUUUUUUUUUAUGGAAAGAUAUAUGAAUAUAUAUAAACACUUAAUGAUUUUUUGCAUCAUGCCAGAUCAUUUCCUCUUUCUUGAGUGUGCAUUAAAGGUAUCAGCUGACAGUUCAUGGUGCCUUCUCACUCUUGAAGAUUCACUUUAACAGUGUUUCCCAUGUAUAAAAAAAACCUAGGUUGAAACUUCAUAUGUGUUUGAAUAAUAAUGGUGUUCAAAAAGUGAAUUUUUUUUCAUUUUUAAUAUUAGUGGAAAAAUUCCCCACACCCUGUUUUUGUUGUAUCAUGUUUCUUUGUAAUUUUCAUAAAAGCAGUCUUAUUCUGUC